AGUCAUUAUAUGCGCUUUGAUUCUGACGUCAAAUAUCCUCAACCCUAUGUGUCUCUUUCAUUAUAACCAUUAUGACAUUCUAUACCCCCCAUGUUCCUCAAUAUCGCUUUUCUGCUGAUGCCAGUUCCAACAUUGCACACACCACCUCCAUUGCAUUUGGGUCACACUCGGCUUGCAUCAAUUGCAUGGCCUUGAAUAUUCUCCUGGAUUAUUGGAUCCAAAUGACAGCUUAGAGCAUCAGGACGACUCUUCCUCUUUUUCAGGUGCGUCACUUUGAAUAUACAGGGCAAAUGUUCAAACUUGGCUGCACUGAUUCACAAUAUUAGGGGUGGAUAUAUGCAACGCGGGAACACUCGCAUUGUCGCAUUACAGAAUCGUGCCAAAACUGCAUUUUCAAAAUCGAUUAUCCUAGAAAACGACUAUCCCGAUGUGCUAUUCUGGACACGUGCGGACUGGGAUAAAUGGCAGACGACAUCACAAGGGCUCAAAACAGAAGGGAAAGCGCGGACCUGCAGCUUCCUAGAAGACGAGAAUGGUGAGCCAAUUACAGAAGAAUCACUUGACACCAUCCGCAAAACUAUUCGUGGCCUCUGGUUUGAAACGCUGUUCCACAGCAUCAUGGAAGAGAAGCACCCUCUUUUUAGAUUCGCAAUGGACGGCUGGAAGUUGGACUUAUUUCAGUCAAAGAAAGUCAAAGAAGAAGACAACGACAUCAACUACCGUCGCGGUACAAAGCGAACUUGCAGCCCUGAUUUUGAGGGCGGCAGUGCUUUGAAGCGCGUGAAAGUAGCUGAGUCUGUGAACCUUUUGACCACAGUCAAAGGCACAUCCGCUCUCAUUGUCAAAGCCAACACUCGAAGACACACCACCAGCGCUGCUAGUAGCGUUGCGAGUCUGGCACCUGUAGUGUCUCCAAUACCACCCCCCGAUGCGAGUCUGGCACCUGUAGUUCUGCCAUCUGUAGUGACUCCAAUACCACCCCCGUCACCCACAGCCGAGAAAGAAAACCAACCACCGACUCAUGGCUGCAUUGUUUUGACGAAUCCCCUACCCACGGUCCCCACAAACAUUCCUCUCGCGCCUGGUAACCCUGCUGCACUCCCUCAGGUGAACGAUGCUCCUGCCACUGGGACUACUUCAUCUUCGAAGAAGCCUGCAAAAAUGCGGCCAGGUCCAACGAAGAAAGGGCGUAAGCAUGUUACACCUGGUUCCACCAACGAAUUCAAUGCCUAUUAUUCUACAUUGAAUGAGGCGCAGAUCCAGGUAUUAUGACACUGAUUCACUACUAUAUCCUUUCAUGGAUUCUACUAACACUUUUGUCCGCAGUCUUAUGAUAGGGAGGCUGGAGAACUGGAAAAGGCAGGGCGCUGGACGAAGAACAGUGAUGUCGUCGACGGUCUCAUGUAUUAGCUUGCCUGGUAUCGCCUGCUGGUUGCCUCCCGAUUGCUUGUGCUUGCUCAUCUCCCUCGCCUGCCCACAUCAUUCCUGUUCUUUCGCUGUCGCCUGCUGGUUGCCUCCCAAUUGCUUGUGCUUGCUCCGGUUCCGCAUUAUCAUUAUUGUCCUAUAUGGCCCUAUCGUGUGUUUUAUGAUCGUGGACUGAAGCAUUUGUACUAGUAGAUUAUAGCACAAUUGAC